AUGGCGUCUUCCAUGCGUCUUCCGGUGGGCACCAUAUUCCCCAGCGCCCGACCUAUCUCCCUGAUCGCCCAGUCCUUCGCCUCCGGCUCGCAGUACCAGCAAUGCCGUUCCUUCUCGGCGGCGGCGCAACGAUGGGCCUACCGAUCGCAAAACUUCAAGCCCAGCUCCCCUGCGCAACCGUCGAUGAAGUCCCGUGCAAAGGAUGUGAUGAUGCACCAGCUGCCGAAUGAUAUUGGUCUGCUGCCGGGUACCUUUGUGCGGCCGAUGUGGAAGGACAUGCCCUCGAUUUUCCAGGAACCGCGGGACCGGCUCCGGAUGGAAUGGACUUGGUUGAAGAGUGUCUUCCAGGGUUACGCCAGUGUUCUGAUGUACUGCAAGAGGGACCUAAUUAAUGUCCCCUUCAUCGCAGACCAAUUGCAAAAGCCCCGUAUUGGACCCAUCACCAUUCCCUUCUUCAAGAUCUUCCAUCGCAUCCCCCGAAAAAUGAUCGCCAAGACCUUGUACACCCGGAUGUACUCCAACCUUGCCGAUGGAAACAUCCCUGAAAUCAAACGCAUCUGCUGCGAAAAGCUCGCCCAAAAACUCACCAACCAAAUCCAGAACCGCCGCGCAAACGAGAGGAUCGUCUGGAAACUAGUCGGCAGAAAAUUCAGCGGCGUACGCGUCAUGGCAGACCGCGCCGUCAAAAUCCCCGACAUGUCCAACUCCGGUAUCCGCCAGAUGGUCGUCCGUCUAGCUUCCAGACAGUCCAUGACCACUCUCGUCGGCGGACGAGAGGUCGCCCCCGCCAAGGAACAGGAUUGCGUCGAGUACGUCGUUAUCCAGCAACUUAUCUGGCACGGCAAGCACGCCGACUGGCAGAUCUGGGGUACUACCCAGGCAACUGAUAUGAAGACCCUGAACACCGACCCAGCCUUUGCCCCGGGUCUCACUGCCCUGGAGCGUCUCGAGGCUAUAAAGAACAUGGGACCUGGUGGCGGUAGUCUUUAG